CGGAGGAGGAGGAGGCGGCGGCGGCGGCGGGCGGUUGGAGCGCGAGCGGGCGACGACGACCACCUUCCCCCUCAGCCCCGCGGCGGCCGACCACCAUGAGCGACAGCGGGGAGCAGAACUACGGCGAGCGGGAAUCCCGUUCUGCUUCCAGAAGUGGAAGCGCACAUGGGUCUGGGAAGUCCGCAAGGCACACCCCUGCGAGGUCUCGUUCCAAGGAAGAUUCCAGGCGCUCCAGAUCCAAGUCAAGAUCCCGAUCUGAGUCGAGAUCAAGAUCCAGAAGAAGUUCUCGUAGGCAUUAUACAAGAUCACGCUCUCGUUCCCGCUCUCAUAGGCGAUCUCGCAGCAGGUCUUACAGUCGAGAUUACCGGAGACGACAUAGCCACAGCCAUUCUCCCAUGUCCACCCGCAGGCGUCAUGUCGGAAAUCGGGCAAAUCCUGAUCCAAACUGUUGUCUUGGGGUGUUUGGCUUAAGUCUGUACACCACAGAGAGGGAUCUCCGAGAAGUGUUCUCCAAAUAUGGUCCAAUUGCUGACGUUUCCAUUGUAUACGACCAGCAGUCCAGGCGUUCGAGAGGAUUUGCGUUUGUGUAUUUUGAAAAUGUGGAUGAUGCCAAGGAAGCUAAAGAACGUGCCAAUGGAAUGGAGCUUGAUGGGCGAAGAAUCAGAGUGGAUUUUUCUAUAACAAAAAGACCCCACACCCCAACACCUGGAAUCUACAUGGGAAGACCUACUUAUGGCAGCUCCCGACGACGAGAUUACUACGACAGAGGGUACGAUAGAGGAUAUGAUGAUCGGGACUAUUAUAGCAGGUCAUAUAGAGGAGGCGGUGGAGGAGGAGGAGGAUGGAGAGCUGCCCAAGACAGAGAUCAGAUUUACAGAAGACGAUCACCAUCCCCUUAUUACAGCCGGGGAGGCUACAGAUCACGCUCUAGAUCUCGAUCUUAUUCACCCCGUCGCUACUAAAGCAUGAACUUUAGAAGAAUUUCUAAAAUCUGCCCUCAAGUUGGAGUUGCGUUUGUGGACAAUAUUUUUUAUUGUCAGUUAAAAAGUGAACAGUGCCUAGUGAAUAGGUGACUUUUACACCUUUUAUGAAGACUACUUUUGGUGGAGUUGAAAUACUGUUUUCAUUCUGCAUUUGUGUAGUUGGUGCUUUGUUCAGAGUUAAGUGUUUUCAGAGAAGUAUGUUUUGCAUGUAUUUUUUUACAGUCUGGAUUUUGACUGCUGAGAAGUUUCUAUUGUACAAAACUUCAUUUAAAAGGUUUUUCUACUGAUUCCAGGGUAUUAAGGAGAUCGAAACCUGUGUAAAAUCCUAUCAAACGGCAAAAGCAACAAUAAAAAGUUGAUUUUUACUUUUUCCCAAACAUCUAUGUUUAGCAAAACUGUUUAAUUCCGUUUGUCAGUGGAAAAUUAAAAGAUUUAAGAAAAUGCCCUUCCUUCACCCCCGGCUAAUUAGAAAAUGCACAAUACUUAAUAUACAUACGAAGUGUUACAAUUAUACUGCGUAACUCUGUACUGCUAGUAUUAAGACUAAAGGUAAUCUCUACACAGUCGCUGCUUAAUGCUUGUCUAAAUGUUCAGUUUGUCAAGCCUUUAUGUAAUCUGUACAGUAGCAGAGGAGAGGACUAGAGUUAACCUAAUGUAAGCCAGGAAAAGACUUUUUCUCAUAAAUGGCUGUUGUAAAGGUGAUGUCAAGCUUUCAAUCAGUUAUCAGUGGGUGACUUAAUACAUUCCACCACACGUAUACUCUUGCUUUUCUGACUUUAGACUUACCAACAGUAGUGGGCGCUUCACAGUGAAGGAUGGGGGAAGGGAGCGUUGGAAAGUAUUCAACAGUUUCAGAAGGUGACCAGAAGGCUGUGCCGGUUUUGAAAAGUCAUUAUUAAGUUUUUGAGAUCCUUUGCAUACCAAAGGAGGCCCAAUUCACUCAAAUGUUUCAAGAGCUGUGUUUAAAUAAACUGUUAAUGACAAGGAAAAAAAAA